CUAAGAUCGACAAAAUUACGCAAGGCUGCGAUGUAGUGUAAACAUGAACUAUCUAGUUGUAUAAAAUGCUCUUAAAAUGAGAAGAAAAUGAGCCAUAAGGAGAAAGGCUUAAAGCGUGCUUUAUUCAAACAUAUUAAGCAUGGCUGAGAGUAUCGAUACAAGACACGAGAACUGGCAUAGAGUGGUCUGGGGACUCCUGUACGUGAGAGAAGGACUUCAGGGAUACGUAGAUGCAAAAGGCAAACAACAGUACCAAACGUUCAUGAACAAUGUUAACGCGAAGUGUAAUAACCAAAUAUGUGACCAAUGUCAGAUCAACAGUAAAUGCAUAAAUGGCAGGACUAAAGUGACAGGAAAAUCUCCAUUCAGGCCGGGCCAUUUCUGUGAUGAAAUGAACAAAGAGGUACAAAGUAAUCAUGGUAGAAAUAAUCCAUUGUGGACUAAUACAGACUCUACUAAAUGGCUUGAUCAGCACGUCGGUUACUGGGAGGUUGCCAAGUGUUAUCUCAGUUCAGCCGGUUACUUGGACAAAACGGGGCCAAAUCAGGUGGAUGCUUCAGGACUUUUAAGCAUAUGUAUAAACAGUUCGUUUAUCAAACAACACAUUUCGAAUAUUCAGCGAUUUGAAGAGGUGCGAUCCAUAAGGAACAAGACUCUGCACGACGCCCGCUAUGAGCUUGAGGGAAAAACAGCAGACGACUAUCUGGACAAGAUGAUUUCCGUACUGGAAGACCCACAGGAACUCAUGCAUGAUGCAUUUGCUAAGCAAGCCGCUUAUCACAUAAGAAAGAUCAAAGCCAGGACUGAACGGACACCGGCUAUUUUGACUGACGCCUUACAGAAUAGACUGCACACAGACUUCGACGUCGACAAAUUUCCUAAAGAGCUCGAGGAUUUGAUGUAUAAUAAGCUCAGUGAGGAACUUAAAGAAUUUAUAGUUGAAGAAGUCAAACAUGAGCUGAAGCACUGUUCAGAUGACAGAGAUAACGGUGAAAGGGAGCAAAAAGUGGAAGAACUACGUCAGCGGCUUGUCAAGUACUACCAGAAACAACUCAACAACACGCCUAUAUCGCCCUUGCUAUCAGACAAGGACGAGAAGCUAGACAAGUUUUACGUUCCUCCGAAGAUCGUCGAGAAGAAUCCCAGAAAAGUUGGUGAUGUUAAGGAAGAAAACGGAACUCCUGUGACAUCUUACAGACAAAUGUUCUGUAAAGGAGGUGAAUUAACCCAUCACGUGUUCAUUAUAGGCGAAGCCGGAAUGGGAAAGUCAUCCUGCGCCGCAAUGUGUGCCUUAAAAUGGGCAAAUCAGUUUUCAUCAACGAAAACGUCCAAUGACACGGACAUAAAUGCUUCACAUCAAACGCCUUUUCAGCGUCUUAGGUCGGAAUGGGAACAUCGUAUACAAUUAAACAACCGCAAUGCACAUACUUACCAUCCCGAAAAAGAGCAGGAUGCCCAAUUUCAGGAUGAUACUUUCUACAAGGAAAUCGAGUUUUUAUUUCACCUUAAGCUGCGAGAAAGCUGCGAGCUCUGCGACUUGACGGAAAUGAUACAAAAUCAGUUGAUCAGUCGAAUUUACCAAAAAGACGUGAGGAAUGAUGCUUAUUCCACUAUGCAGCAUGUUCUGUCCAAUCACAAGUGUAUGAUCAUAGCAGAUGGCCUGGACGAGUGGGCCCAUCCAGAUAGCAUGAACUGCAACUGUACAGAAGAAGACAAAGUUAUUCCAUAUUUAAUGCCAACAAUAGAUGCAGUUAUGUUGAUAACAUCACGCCCCUCGAGAAUAUCACAACAACGCAUAAAACAUACGAAAAUAGACAAAUAUCUAGAGAUAGAGGGGGCAGCAGAUAUAAAGUUGCUAAACCAGAAAAUAUUGAACACUCUUAAUGAAACGGUUACAGAAAAGAAAACAUUGCAAGACUUCGGCAUAUUUGUUGAGAGAAUGAGACUCACACGUCUGUUAUUGGUACCUUUAAUGUCAAUGUUGCUGGUAUGUUUGUGGUUUGAGGGAAUGCAUAAGAUAUCUUCCCUGUGUGACAUAUACGCAUAUACCAUUGAAAUGAUGUUAGGGAGACGCGCUCUUUCUCCGGGUACGGUUUCGGAAAAAGAUAUAAUUUUCCCAAAGUGUUUCGAGCAUACAAAAUAUGUAAAAGAAUUCUAUAGCAUUGUUAUGGAAAUGGCAAAACUUGCUUUUACGACACUAUUUUUGGACAAAAAAAAAUUGUCAUUGGUAUUUGAUAAGGUUGACUGUUUGGCUCACAACACUCGUUUGUGUCUUUUGGAAUCGGGAAUUUUGCAAGAAACAAAAGCAGCCUCUUUGAUUAGAAAGUCCUCAAAUUACUCUUUUAUCCACAAAACCGUUCAGGAAUUUCUUGCUGCAAUAUACGUGUCAUACCAUCCCAAAGAGAUCCAUACAUUAUUAGCACCAUUUAACGAGAAAAACGGUGAUAUGUCGGAUGUUUCACAGGUUUUUAUUUUCAUGUGCGGUCUGAAUAUUGAGUUAGCAAAUGAAAUGUCUGCCAUGAUAUCGAAGAGGACAGUCUUCGAUCGAACGUUCCAUACGGAUCUUAAAGUCCGGCACACUCUGCGUCAGAUUGUUUCGGGUUAUAAGGAGGCCCAAGCCAAUCAAGUGUCGAAUAUUCAGCUAUCUCUGUGCAUCUAUGAUUAUAGUUAUACUACCGACACCGAAAUAUUAAAUGACCUGUUAUCAAUUAACAAGUACAGAGUAAGCAAUAUUUCUACAAGGAGUUCCGGUACAAGCCAUGCAAAACUCCAGGAGGUGUUCUGUAGCUCCACGGACACUCUUACCAAUGUUUGUAUACAUGGCCUUGCUGGACAGUAUGACCUUUCUGCGUGCAACCGUCUGCAAUAUUUAACAAUAGGUGGAUCUGAGACAACCGAUAUCGUGGUUAAUAUUAGUAGUUUAGUUUCAUUGGUUUUACAAUGUGUUUCAAAAACUGUUGAAUACAGUAUAUUGCAGUUAUUUCCGAAUGAAUCGAACAUAUUAGAAAAAUUGUGUAUAGAAAACAGUAACAACACAAGCUCAAUCUGUAAGAUACUUCCACAACUGACACAUUUAAGAUACUUGGAAAUAACGCGAACAGACUUCGGCGAUUUCGUUUUAUCUAUCCCAGACGCUGUCACUGAAGUAAGAAUGAUCACGGUGACAAUAACAGCGCGGUUGUUGCUAGAGCUGGUGAGAUGGCAAGAAAGCAGCAAGCAUACAGUGGUAUGUAGUCUAAGCGAGUGUACUAUUGAACCAAAAAUGGAGUACGACGAUAUUAUACGAUAUAUGCAGACGAAGAAUUUCAAAGAUGAUUUUAAUUCUUAUUUCACUGGCAAAACGUUAGUCUUUGAAAGAAAUAUUUGGCCAAACGCAGAGGAAAAUAAAGGCCCGAAGUGUACAAAUGUUGUGAUUAAUGCAGAGACGGAGAAACCCUCGAAGUCUUUGACAAACGCAGAAAAAAAUAAAGGCCCGAAGUGUUCAAAUGUUGUUAUUAAUGCAGAGACGGAGAAACCCUCGAAGACUUGGACAAACGCAGAGGAAAAUAAAGGCCCGAAGUGUACAAAUGUUGCAAAGAUGGAGAAACGCUCGAAGUUUAGAAAUCUGAAGUGUAUUGUAUUGUGAAUAUAUACUAUACCAACAAUAGAAGCAUAGGUAACUGUUGAUGUUAAAUAUAAACAAAAUGACAUUUCUUUUAUAAAUUGAACGAACUUAUAGAAUAAUGAGUUAGCACUGAGUAAUUGUGUUUAUUUGGUUGUGUCUGAAAUAUUAUUUAUUAGCAAUUAUAAAACGGUGUAUGCAGUUUAAAACAUUAUACGUUUUCUGCUAGUAUUUAGUUGGUAUAAA